GAUACACAUUACACAAACAUGGUGUGAGUGACUGACAAACACUUGAUCCAACAGAGAUACUCUCACUUGAGUUGCCUCCUCCGAUCUACAUACCUAAGCUGGCCCCUCAUCACUAUUUUAAACUUCUACUCUGUUCAAGCCCUCAGCCCAACAGUCCCAAGAGAAAUCUCGGUCUUCCCCUCUUUCUUUCAUUGUAAAAGUAUACCCAUGUACAGAUAAAGCACCAGACUUUCUCCCCCCCUAACUCUCAAGUCUCAAAUCAAAAGGAGCAAUCUCUACAAAGAGAAAACAGAAAUGAGUCUCAGAAAUCUGAAGGAAUUGACCAUUAUUGCCAAAGAAGCAUUCAGCAAGAUGUUCUUGGUAGCCAAAACUCUAUGCUUUCUACAUGUCACCAACACCCAUGUCUUCACUGUUGCUUCUCUCUAUGGACCAAGUAUGCUCCCUACCUUUAAUCUUACUGGUGAUUGGGCAUUGGCUGAGAGGUUUUCACACAAGCUUGGCAAAGUGGGGGCUGGAGAUAUUGUUAUUUUAAAAUCACCUGUGGAGCCAAGAAAAAUUAUGACUAAAAGAGUUAUGGGUGUUGAGGGUGAUUCUGUUACUUACGUUGUUGAACCCAAAAACAGUGAUAGAACUGAGACUAUUGUGGUUCCUAAGGGGCAUAUUUGGGUAGAGGGAGAUAACAUAUACAACAGCAAGGAUUCAAGAAACUUUGGAGCAGUUCCUUAUGGCCUUCUUCGAGGGAAAAUGCUUUGGAAGCCAUCUAAGGUGAAGCACCAUCUACUCCCAAGAGUGAUUGACAUGGCAGCCCAAGCAGGAGAUACAGGGUAGUUCAGUUUUUGCUAAGCAUGAUGUGACAUUGGUUACAGCCUAUAUGCUGCAUGACAACAAGUCAUUCCUAGACCGUCUCAGUAAUCUUCACAAAGAAAUUUAGGUUUUAUUAUGACUUAAAUGGUGUUGAACUGUGGAGAAAAAUGCAUUAUAUCAAACCAUGGUUGAAUUUAUCGUUUUCUAGCCUGACCUUCUCAAGCAGUCCGCCCUAGGCAAUAGGCAUUGUGAUGUAAACAGUAUGCAGUACUUGAUAUCUAGUGAAAUCAUCAGGGUGAACUCUGGAUUAAGAUAAAUUCAUCCUUAACUAGUUGCAAUAACGAA